GAAACUGAGUGCUAUAUUACUUUCUUCUCCUUUAUACAAUUCUCUAUUACCAAAUAUUUAAAACUGCUUGUUAAUUUUAAUUGUUUUAAGAAAUUUUAAGUAAUAUUCUUUGUAAUUUAUUAAAAUAAAAAUCAAAUAUAAUGCAUAAAAAUAUAAUACAAAUUGUAUACAGUUACAAAAUAGCAAUAAAGUGAUAAAAUAUUAAAGUAAAAUUGUACUUUGUACUUUUUUAUAGUAACACAAAAUAAUUAUAAUUAAUAUUAAAAUAAUAGACACAAUUUUUGCAAAACUUGAUAGACAUUACUACUUCAGUAAGUAUAACUUUAAAACCUAUAUAAGUACACAUACAUUGCAUCCUGUGUUUUACUCUUUUAAGACACUUAGCCUGAUAACUUGCCAUACUAAACACUAAUACAAACUAAUAAAAUAAACUUAUAAUAAAACGCAGUAUACUUAUGCGCUAUGGAAUCUGUAGUAUAAUCAUGUAAAUAUAUACAAGGUGAUUAUUAAUGAUUUGAACAACUAUUUACCAUAAGAGAUGACUUACUGACUUCACUUAAUAUAAAUUACAUGGAGAGCAGUCGGUAAGUCUUUUCUUUUGUUUUAUAUGUAUGCUUAAUGUUCUGCAUCCUUUGAAAUCUUAUACGUCUUAUUUAAACGUUCGAUCAUAUUAUGCGUCAGAUAAAUAGGAAUAGAACCAAUCUAUUUUUUGGUACUUGGUACUUUGGCAUUAUGUAAUAUUAGAAUUAAUUUUUGCUUUUUACAAAUAUUUGCCAUUAAAUUUUCAAAUAUAAUUUGUAUACAUUUAGUUAACGUUUGUCAGCUUGAACAACGUAUAGGCACUUUUCAAUUAUUUAGGCCUGAUAUCAAUCUUGAGUUUGUUUAUAGCUUUCAAUAAUUUUUUCACGAUUAAAUUCUUUAUCAAAUCAUUUGCCAAAAGAGACAAAAACUAUUUUGCUUCUGAUAAUAAUUUGAGCUAACAAACUUUUUUAUGUUACGGCUGGAAAAAUAUUUCUUAUGACAAUGUUGCUAUUCGGUAAUGUAAGUAAUUUAAUGAUUAGUAUAUUAAUUAUUUAUUCUUUAUUAAUGUUAUUACACAAUAAAGUAUUAACUUUAGUUAACUUUAAUAACAUUAUAACUGUAAUACUUAAUAAUAAUACAUUGCGUUAAUUACUGUUAUAUUGAGAUUAUAAUGUUUUAAAUUUAAUUAUGUUUAAUUAUGUUAAAAAAUAUUAUUUAUUGUACGUGUUUUAAGUAUUGCAGUUGAUAUAGACACAUGGCAGUAAUAUUUCUGUUCUAUUAGCAAUGCAAAAUUUAAUUUAAUUUUUAUACUUACAUUUACCUGAAUAAUAGACGUAAGAAUAAUAUUAUUAUUUCAACAAAAAAUAGUAAUAUCACGAUAUUAAAUUGGAAAUCAAUUAAAUAUAAAUAACUGAUGCUAACAAUCUUGAAAACUUGCUCUCUCAAAUUACUCUAAACAAUUUAUCACUUAGUGAGACCAGCGAUCUCGUAUCUUGUCACUUUUUUAUUUUGUGAACUGUUUGCGCUACUUUCAUAUUUACUUAUACAAUGACUGAAUUAAUUUGGAAAUAUCAUUUACAAAUAAUAUUUUCUUAUGUAUUAUAUAAAUCCAUAAUACAUAACAAUUAACAUUGAAUAAAAUUACAUUUAUUAGAUGUUAUUAAUAAUACCUAUUAUUCAUGUAUAAAUUAACUACUCCAAAAAGACACGGUGCAAUUAAUGAGUUUGUCUAGUAGGAGUACAAUAAAAGAUUAAAGCCUACGGCAAGCUUACGAUUUAGGAAAUUAUUUGAAGCUCUACGUGCUGUUUGAUACAUUUCUAGCAAUUUACUAGAUCGCACAAAAAAUCGCAUUGUACUAUAUGUUGCUAGUUUAAGAAGGGUUAUGGAUUUACUAAACUUCACGUACUCAUCGCCAAUUCACUAAUGCCUGUAACGAGAGUGGGAGACACGACAACAGAAAUACGCUUCAACGUAACUCAAAAAGAAAAAAGGUAAAUUUUGAAUGGGCGACUAAACUUAAUCGUCUUACGCUGAAUGUUGCCGGCUUAUGGCCGAAUAUUCACGAAAAUGCCUCUGACAGAUUCUUGUCAAACUUGCGUGCAAUGUUUUCAUUGUUCCUGCUCGUCUUCGUUGGCAUGAUUCCAGCAUUGCAUUCGCUGGUGAGAACAUGGGGUGACAUGAUGGCAACAAUAGACAACUUGCAAUUUACUUUACCAUUGUUGACGACAAUAAUAAAACUGGUGAUCAUAUGGUGGAAGAAACCUGAUCUCGUAUUGGUGUUAAACACAAUUGCCGAUGAUUGGUCAAAUGUCAAAAGCGACAAAGAACUGCAUGUCAUGAUAAAACGUGCACAAAGUGCGCGUGUAGUUACUAUAUUUGGGUAUAUUCUUAUGGCUGUAGCAUUAUUUUUACUCAUAUGUCUACCCUUUUUUGGAACAUCAUUAAGAUAUAGAACAAAUAUAACGGAUCCAAUUAAAGUAUUACCUUUGCAAAGCCAUUACUUCUACGACAAAAAUCAAAGUCCAUAUUUCGAACUGACCUACGCCGCGCAAGCCCUUCUACUCAUAAUGUCUGCUGCAUCUUACACCGGCGUAGAUAAUUUACUUGGAUUAUUGAUAUUUCAUUUGUGUGGACAAAUGGAAAACCUCAAAGAACGAAUAACCAAUAUAAAACAAUUUAAGAAUUUCAAUGGUGGUCUCGCUAUCAUCGUCAACGAUCAUAUACGAUUAAUCAAAUAUUUUGAUAUUGUUGAAAGUACAUUUACUGUAUUAUUACUUGGUUUAUUACUAUAUUUUGGAACAUUAUUUUGUCUAUAUGGAUUUUUAAUCGUCGCAGUACUAACAGAAGGAAGAGAAAUGUCAAUGAUCCGUCUGAUAUAUCUUAUAUCUGUAGCGUUAAACGUUUGUGGUCACAUGUGUCUGUAUUGCGUAGUAGGAGAAAUUUUAGUAGCACAAUGUGAAGGAAUAUAUCAUGCCGCAUAUAAUUACGAAUGGUAUAAGUUAAAUCCGGAAGAAGCAAGAACUUUGAUUAUAAUAAUGAUUCGAGCCCACAAAACUCUCCAUAUUACUGCUGGAAAAAUGUUUCCUAUGACACUAUCGAUGUUUUGCAAUUUAAUAAAAACAUCAGCCGGAUAUGUAUCUGUUCUACUUGCGAGACAAGCACGACAACGCAAAGCACCUGCCACCGUCACACGAUCAUAAAUAACGCGCGCAUGAGUAGCCGGAGGAUUCCAUGAU